AUGAAAAACUGUAGCUAUAGUUCAAAUGAAUCAGAACUAACAGAUUCGUCCGUGAAGAGUAGGGCAUGUUUCAGAGUUAGUGUGUGUUUGCGGCGUUACUUCCAGGACCAUCGCUCGCGGUGCUACAUGCUGGUGCCCCGGCGGCGACGCGUGAGGUGGUUGGAGAGACGAAUUAAGAAAGUAUUCUCAAUAAACGAUGCCUUCUGUCUGUGUAUUGACGGUCACAUGUUGCCAUCCAGCGAGCCUCUCGCACUACUUGUUCCAGGAGAGACAAUACAAGUCAUUCCUUUGAAAGAAGAAAGUAACAUUGAUAAUCUUAGCAAUGGAAAUUCCAAGGGAAUGGAGACCAUUGAUAACAGCAGCUGUGAUAUAACAGCCACAAACUCCAGUCGUGGCAUUUGUGACAUGACACCAAACAACACUUCAGAUAAUGACUUAGAGAGACCCAGCGAAGAGGUCGUUGAGAAUAUACAGUUCCCAUGCCGCGAGGAGGCUGCGACAUCUGAAUCAGUUUCAUCACUACAGAAUGAAAUGGAAGUUAUGAACCAGAGUGUAUUUGAUGAAGCCGACGGCUCAAUGGAUUCAUUGCAACAAAUGAAACAACAGGCGUUAAUGUUACUCGACGGCGGAUCCGAACCCAAGCGUCGAGUGCGUCGCCGCGUCCGUCGUCGGAAGCGUCCCUCACCGGAGGUGCGGGCGCCCUCUCCCUCCGCCUCGCGGCCGGCCCCCUCCCUCCCCCCGCCGGGCCGGGAUCACCUCCGCUUCUCCUCUCCGUCCCCGCCUCGUCUCCCGGCGCCGUCCUCGCCCGCUACACUGGACGUGGAACGAAACGAGUCAGCGUCGGCCCGCCUGCCGCGAGUCAUCACACCGCUGGCCGCAGAUUGA